CCAGGAUGGUCAGGAAGACAUGAAACUGACAGGGACACCGGCAAGAUGUGGCUUAGACCGGAGGAGGUGCUGCUCAAGAAUGCACUGAAGUUGUGGGUGACUGAGGAAUCGAACCCCUACUUUGUGCUGCAGAGGAGGAGGGGGUAUGGCGAGGAUGGAGGGGGAUUGGCAGGACUGCUUGUAGGAACACUUGAUGCUGUUUUAGAUUCUACUGCAAAAGUUGCCCCUUUCCGAAUUCUUCAUCAGACCCCAGACUCACAGGUGUAUUGGGCCAUUGCUUGUGGCUCCGAUAAAGAAGACAUUUUUAAACACUGGCAAUGGCUGGAACGCAAUGUUAUGAAAACUCUAUCAGUGUUUGAUUCAAGUGAUGAUAUUACAAGUUUUGUACAAGGAAAAAUCAGAGGCCUUAUUGCUGAGGAAGGAAAAGGCUCUUUUAUAAAAGAGGAAGAUCCCGAAAAAUUCCGUGAAGGUUUAAUGAAGUUUGAGAAGUGCUUUGCCCUGCCAGCUGAAGAGAAGUUGGUAACCUACUACUCGUGCAGUUACUGGAGAGGAAGAGUUCCUUGCCAAGGUUGGCUCUAUCUUAGCACCAACUUCCUGAGUUUCUAUUCUUUCUUGCUCGGGUCAGAGUUUAAACUUAUCAUUCCUUGGGAUGAACUUUCCAGACUUGAAAAGACUUCAACUGUGCUGCUCACAGAGAGCAUACACGUGUGCUCUGAUGGAGAAGAUCACUACUUCUCCAUGUUCCUCCACAUCAACGAGACCUUCCUUCUGAUGGAGCAACUGGCUUGCUAUGCAAUUAAGAGACUGUUUGACAAGGAAACAUUUGAAAAUGAUCAAAUUCUCAAUGAUCCCUUGCAAAUAACCAAGAGAGGCCUGGAAAAUCGUGCUCACAGUGAGCAGUUCAGCACCUACUUCCGACUGCCAAAAGAAGAGUCUCUGAAAGAGGUUCAUGAGUGCCUUCUGUGGAUGCCUUUCAGCCACACCAAUGCAUUGGGGAAGAUGUGUGUUUCUGAAAACUACAUAUGCUUUGCAAGCCAUGAUGGCAGCAUGUAUUCCACAGUCAUUCCUGUAAGAGAGAUAUUUGGCAUUGAAAAGUCAGAUGCAACCACAAGGGCAGUCACUAUUAGUACCAAAGGGAAGAAAAUGUUUCGUUUUUCAGAUGUUCGAGAUUUUGAAUCUCUGGUGUCUAGGCUGCGAGCAAAAUUUACAGUAAUCAGCCCCCAGCACACUCCUUAUUCAGAGGUUUCGUAUACUGAUAAUCAGUCUGAUUUCCCUGAAGAACAUUCCUUAGCUAGUCAGAAAGGCAGCAGUAAAGCUGUAAGCACAGAGGCCUUAAUGACUGUAUUUCAUCCUCAAGAUGCUGAAAACUUGGACCCCAAAAUGUUAAAAGAAAAGAUGAAGGAACAGUCUUGGAAGAUACUGUUCACAGAAUGUGGGCGUGGAGUUAGCAUGUUCCGGACCAAAAGAACUCGUAGUUUGGUAGUGAGAGGUAUUCCAGAGACAUUAAGAGGAGAACUAUGGCUUCUUUUCUCAGGUGCUGUUAAUGAUAUGGCUGCUAACCCUGGUUAUUACUCAGAAAUUGUGGAGAAGUCAUUCGGUACCUGCACUUUGGCCAAUGAUGAGAUUGAGCGGGAUUUACGCAGGUCGUUGCCGGAACAUCCCGCAUUUCAGAGUGACACUGGCAUCUCUGCACUUAGAAGAGUGCUGACAGCGUAUGCUUACAGGAAUCCUAAAAUUGGAUAUUGUCAGGCAAUGAAUAUUCUGACUUCUGUGCUACUGCUCUAUGCCAAUGAAGAGGAAGCCUUUUGGCUUCUCGUUGCUGUGUGUGAAAGGAUGCUACCAGAUUACUUCAACCGGAGAAUCAUUGGUGCGUUGGUGGAUCAGGCGGUUUUUGAGGAGCUAAUUAAGGAGUAUUUGCCCCAGCUGACGGAACACAUGACAGACAUGACUUUCUUCUCUUCUGUCUCCCUUUCGUGGUUCCUCACUCUCUUCAUCAGUGUUUUGCCAAUUGAAAGUGCUGUCAACGUAGUUGACUGCUUCUUUUAUGAUGGAAUCAAAGCAAUUCUGCAACUGGGUUUGGCUGUACUGGACUUCAAUCUUGAGAAGCUUCUAGUGUGUAAAGAUGAUGCUGAGGCGGUCACUAUCCUUAAUAGGUUUUUUGAUAAUGUUGUUAACAAAGACAGCCCAUUGCCGACUGCUGUGCAGCAAGCUUCAGCUAGUCCUGAUAGAAAGGGGAAUAGCAACAAAGUGGAAAUUUCAGAAUUAAUCAGAGAGUCAAAUGACAAAUUUGGUGUAAUUCGUUAUGAGGAUGUGGAGAGUAUGAGGAGCAGAAACAAGCUUUAUGUAAUCCAGACCUUGGAAAUGACUACAAAGCAAAAUGUGCUUCGAGUUGUGCUGCAGGAUGUGAAAUUUAGCCCAGCUGAUUUGGAAGAACUGUACUAUUUAUUUAAGAGAGAGCAUUUUCUGUCUUGUUACUGGAGCAUGAACCGUAGUAUACUGAGCCACCAUGAUCCCAGCUUGCCCUAUUUAGAACAAUACCACCUAGACUGCCAGCAGUUCCGUACACUUUAUCACUUGCUCAGUCCAUGGAGUUAUUCGGAAAAUGCAGACUCUCUUGCUCUGUGGACCUUCCGGUUGCUGGAUGAGAACUCUGAUGGUCUGAUCAACUUCAAAGAAUUUUCUGCAGCAUUUGAUAUCAUGUUCAAUGGAAGUUUUACAGAUCGGCUCAAAUUACUUUUUAAGCUCCACUUACCUCCAGCUUUUACUGAAGUUGGAUCUACAAGUCCUUCGGAAGAAGCCAAACUUUCCAAAGAGGACCUGAUGCAUUUCAGCCAACUCCAUGUAACCUCACCAGCAACCUCUGAAGAUGCUGAGGACAAAACAAAGAGCCCAGAAAAAGGAAAACGGAAGAUUGAUAUCCAGGCAUAUCUUAAGCAAUGGCAAGAUGAACUGGUUCGGAAAGAAGAAAGCAUAAAAGACUUACCAAAAAUGAAUCAGUCCCAGUUUAUUCAGUUUUCCAAGACAUUGUACAAUCUUUUUCAUGGGGACCCGGAAGAGGAACUUCUAUACCGUGCCAUUGCGGCAGUGACCAGCCUUUUGCUCAGAAUGGAGGAAGUUGGGAGAAAGCUGCAGAAUCCUUCUUCACCUUCCAAGAGUCCACCAACAGAACCUAAGGAUACAACUCAGGAGAACAACUUAAAGCCACAAACGGAAACCACUGUUCCUAAUUCUUCCAAAGAAAACACUGAUUGGUCACUUGCUUUUGAACAGAUUCUUGCCUCUUUAUUAAAUGAACCAGCGCUUGUGAGAUUUUUUGAGAAAUCUACUAAUUUAAAAGCCAAGUUAGAAAAUGCAAGGAGCUCUCAGAUCCGAGCUAGCAAAAGGGUAUAAAUACAGAUUUUUUGUUUUUUAAUUACGUAAAGCGAACAUGCAGUAAAUGUUUCAUAUAAAGCUGCGUUAGUAAAAUCACUGAAAAUGUAACCACAAUCACAGUGUUUCUAUUUACUCUUACAAUUCAUAAUCUAUAUCAUUUUUGUAUGCUGUAAGGGUUUCAUUGAGAUACACUGCUAUUUUCCAGUAGGAAAGAAUUGUUUUCAGAAACACUGUAUGGUCAUAUGCAGUCCGGGGAAAUAAACACAUUUAUUGUGUUUAUCUUAAUGCAGUUAUAUAGUGUAUAUAUAAUACUUGUUAAUAUGAAGUUUGAUAGAAAAGAAUUGUGAAUGAUUUUAAAUAUUGUAAUUACAUGAAAGUCUACGGCAUCUCUGCCACAGAAGGAUUAAAAAUAAAGUAUAUAUUUUAGUUUGUGCUAAAUAUGCAACAUUUUAAAAUGCUUUUCAAUGCCCUUGCUGCUGUGUAAAGUGUUGCAGGCCUUUUUGGGAGCAAAUAUUUACCUGUGUAUUACUGUUUACCCUCUAUAGCGCACAGGAGCUCUGCAGCGUGUUGGUUUAUAAUGUUUGUUUAUAUUUACCUGUGUAUUACUGUCUACCCUCUAUAGCGCACAAGAGCUCUGCAGCGUGUUGGUUUAUAAUGUUUGUUUAUGCACCACUAAUUCUGUGUGAUAAUUCCUCUAGUUGCUAUUUUUAUACUUCAUUUCUUCUGUGUGUAUCUGAUUCUAUUAGUCGCUUCUAUUUAAUGUUAAGGAGGGAAGCUAAGCCUUGAUAUGUGAUGGACAAAAAACAAAAUAUCUUGUCUUCCCCCUGAUUUAAACCAUGAGGCUUUUAAUCUCAGCUUCAUAUUUCAUCAGUUACAUUUUAAAAGGAAACUUUUAAAGAUUCAUUUCUAUCAGUUUUUUUAUCUCUUACAAGCUUAAUUUUGGAGUUUGGAAGUUGCAGCCAAUUAUAUACUUAAUUAGUGGUCUCAUUGAUUCUCUAAACAUAUUGAAGUUAGCGUGAGGAGUGAUAAUGAUUUAUUUGUGAAGUGUUUCUUGUUCUGUAGAGCUCAACAAGGGAUUUAUAGCUUUAAAUAUAAUAUGUUAUUAAAGGGAUAUGAAAUAGUGCUUGUUUAGUAAAAACUGUGUUAAAUCAAAGUAAACAUAAAAAGUAUGACUAUGUACUUACUUGUUUUAUUGGAAAAGAAACAUUUAGAAAUCCUCAGUGUAGCCACUGCCCUUAGUGAGAUAAGGGAGUUGACAUUAAAUGACUUAUACAGUCACACAAUGUUUGCAUCAGUCCUCUUCUGAGCAUGGGCAAGAAACUGACUGGAUAUAUUGUAGGUUACACUACACUUCAAAAGGUUAAGCUUUCUUUCGUUUUGCCUGGCAAACGAAAGAAAGGGAUAGAAUCUGUACAAAAGAAGUUGGGGGAAAAAUAAAAGGUAAAAUCAUUAAUAAAAUGAAAAAUAAAAUGCAUGGAUUUCUAUUAAAGGGUCAUGAAACACAAACAUUUUCUUUCAUGAUUUAGGUAAAACAUACAAAUUUAAACAAGUUUUCAAUUUACUUCUAUUAUCAAAUUAGCUUCAUUAUCUUGGCAUCAUUUGUUGAAUGAGCAACAAUGCACUACAGGUUUCUAACUGAACACAUGGGUAAGCCAAUGACAAUCGGUAUAUAUAUGCAGCCACCAAUCAGCAGCUAGAACCUAGGUUCUUUGCUGCUCCUGAGCUUACCUAGAUAAACCUUUCAGCAAAGGAUAACAAGAGAAGGAAGCAAAUAAUAUAAGUACAUUGGAAAGUUGUUUCAAAUUGUAUGUUCUUUCUGAAUUAUGAAAGAAAAAAAUGGGGUUUCAUGUCCCUUUAAGUAUCUCCAACUGCUUAGUAUUUUUUGUUAUAACAAUGAAACAUUCCUAUUCAAGAUGGGAAUUGGUUGUAUGGUUAAUUAAUUCAGCUGGGCAACUCUCCAAGAACAAAUUAAGGGGCAUUAAACUAAUAAAAAAAAAAUUGGGCAUUUAAAUAUACAUUACUUUUACAUGCUCUCUCUCUCUCUCUAUCUAUAUAUAUAUAUAUAUAUAUAUAUAUAUAUAUAUACACACACAUCAAGAGUUCUGUUAAAUCUAUUUAAAUAAUUAAAUGAACACAUACUCUUAGGUUUACUCACUGGGUGACAAGGACAACUUGCACAACUGUAUUUGGUUAACCCCAAUAUGGCCACAAUGAUACAAAUAAAAAGUUAGUUUUUUUUCCCAGCUAAGAAACAUGUUUUCUUCUGUUA